AUGAAGGAGUUAACUCCGCCAGGUGAGCAGCUACCGAGCCCGCGCCUGCGUAGUGAAGGCUGGGCGCCCAAUGGCGGGCAGGUGCGCCCAACAGCGGCCACGUGGAGUCCUGCUGCCCGCAGAAGAGGCGUCGGCUGGUCCGGACAGCUGCUUUUUCUCGCUGUUCUGUGUGGGACGCUGGCUGGAGAAUCUACAGCCAGCUGCUCCAAAGAGAUGUCCACACUUGUCCUGGACUUCUGGAACUGUGUCCCUGAAGAAAUCCUGGCCCAUGUGUUUUCCUACUUGCCUUUUGAAGACAGACACACCGCCUUCUCUGUCUGCCAAAGCUGGGUCAAGGCAGUUUCUGUCCCUUCUGUCUGGAGCUUUACCGAGAUCCGUUGCAACACAGAAGGUAUGGAUAAUGGGUGCAUGUUGGAGAGACUGCACCAGUACCUGUGCCAUAUCAAACACCUGAAGAUCAUACUUGAUCAGUGCCAGGAGCGAUUUCGGAGGCAGGUCACUCAGAUUUUAGACAAACUGACUCAGAAGAGCUACACGCUGCAGGCACUGUGCAUUGUCUACUGUGGAGAGAGCCCUUAUGCCUAUUCUGGCCCGGACAUCCUGUAUUCCUUCAGACUCUUCCUGCGCAGGGGCAACCUUGAUCUCCAGUAUAUUGACUUUCGACAAACAUCUUUUAUGCUGGACAGUGAGACAGUCCAACUGACUGCAACCAGCAGCCCAAAUCUGCACACUUUGUUUAUCAACAAUUAUGCCUGUAGAGUAACGGUCCUCAAGCCAGAGACCAUCAUUGAGGUUCUGAGAACUUGUCCUAAAUUAUCUUCAUUGGGUGUUCAUCAAGCCACCCUCUCUGAGGAUGUCCUUCAAGAAUUGUUGAAGCCAAGCCGAGGACCCUUCUUGUUCUUGGACAUCUUCUGUGAUGGCCUGGACCAUGACAUCCCUGAAGAGCUUUGGUCUGCUCUGACUGAGAAACACCCACAGCUCCGUGUCGGGUUGGAAUUGAGCUUCCUGGUCACUCCUUGGCAAAUACCUCCAAUUUUAAAGCCAAAUAUUCCCGUAGCUGCUAUGCAAUUUAACACCUUUAUAUACAUGGCGAGACAGAUUCGGUUUGUCACUGCAAACUACAGCAGGACUUUGGAGAAGCUGGUCCUUGACACCAACCCAUCCAAUGCUCUCAGUCUCGCUCUCAUAGAGAUGGCAAGGACAUGUGUGCAUUUGAAAGAAAUUCACUGUUCCUGUACAGUUAGCCAAGGGGUGAGAGAUGCUUUCCUCUCAAAUUGCCCAGCUCUGAUCAGAUACACUUUGUCAACGCACUAAUCACUGCUGGCAGUGCAAACCGUACAGAGGUGAAGUCUUGCUUCUGAAACCUCUGCUCCAGAGCAGAGAGAUGGACAUAUCCAAAAAGUAACUGUGGCAGAAGGUGGAGCAGUGUUAGACGCUAAACUUAUAAUCUGACAUGGAGCCCAAGAUGCUUAAUUGAGUUUGACGGGACAGUACACAAGUCUCUUUCCUCUGGAGACUGGUGUUAAAAAUAUUUUAUGAAGCUAUGCAUUUUAAUAUUUUUAAUGAUUUGAAAUAAAGGUUUGCAUGUAAAACUUUACAA